AUGGUUGUAGAGACGAGACUAUACGACUCGUUGAGCAUUUCGCCAACAGCUACUCAGGAUGAGAUUAAGAGGGCCUACAAGAAAGCGGCACUGAAAUUCCACCCAGAUAAAAAUAAGAAUAACCCAGCAGCCGGGGAGAAGUUUAAAGAGGUAUCUCAAGCAUACGAAGUCCUUUCGGACCCCGAAAAACGAAAAGUCUACGACCAAUAUGGCCUUGAAUUCCUAUUGCGCGGGGGCACAGCAGAGCCCCAUCCCGGAGCCAGCGGUGGCGGACCAGGCGGCAUGCCUUUCGGUGGGAUGCCCGGCGGCUUCCAGGCCUUUGGAGGUAUGCCGGGUGGCGCACAAACAUUCCACUUCUCCACCAGCGGCGGACCAGGUGGUUUUAGAUUUAGCAACCCAAACGACAUCUUUUCGAACUUUGCCAGAUCUGGCGGGGCGGGGAUGGAGGACGACGACCUGUUUUCGUUCCUGGGUGGUCUAGGUGGUGCUGCGAGGGGUGGUGGUUCUGGUGGAGGAGCGAGACGGAACGCGGCUCCGAAUGGGGCGCAUCGCAGGCCGCCGACGCCGGAGGUUACGACUGUGGAGAAGCCGUUGCCACUUACAUUGGAGGAGUUGUUUACGGGUGUGCAUAAGCGGAUGAAGAUUAAGAGGAAGACGUUUGAUGAGGUGACGGGGAAGAGAUACGUUGAGGAUAAAAUUUUGGAGUUUGAUGUUAAGCCUGGGUUGAAAGCGGGGAGUAAGAUCAAGUACACGGGUGUCGGGGAUCAGGAGGAGGGGGGCACUCAGGAUCUACAUUUCAUCAUUACUGAGAAAGAACACCCAACCUUCAAUCGUGACGGAGACGAUCUCACAACAGUCAUCGAAAUCCCUCUAAAAGAAGCUCUGACUGGUUGGAGCCGCACCGUCACCACUAUCGACGGCAAGCAACUCCGUGUAUCAGGAUCGGGGCCCACAUCGCCAGGUUUCGAAGAACGGUUCCCAUCGCUAGGCAUGCCCAAGUCGAAAUUUGCCGGGCAACGCGGGGAUAUGAUCGUCAAAGUUAAGGUUAAGUUCCCAACGACGUUGACGGCGGCGCAGAAGUCGAAAUUGAAGGAGAUCUUGUAA